GCUACAUGGCUGCUGACCCACAGACUGUGGUGUCCGACCAAGCUGCCGUACAAAAGCCUAAUGGCACAUCUAUACAUUCCCAGUCUACACCGAGGCCCGCCACACGAACGCCUCCCCACGAUGUCGAAUCAGCACUUGAACACCAUGGCAGUCUAACGGAUGCAGAGUCGCUCGCGUCCAUCGAUAGGCCUCCCAGUCGAGGGGAGAAGGUGACCGCCCCGACAGCUAAAGUAUAUCCUCCGUUUCAUCCGGAGGUCCUGGCUUUACUCGCUCCUGCAGCUGUGUUUGGGCUGCUUGCAAGGCUGGGACUGGAUGCACUUGUGAAGUACGAUGGGCAGGCUAUAUUUUCAUUGGCGUAUGCUCAGUCGAUUGGCUGUCUCAUCAUGGGCUUUACACUACGACUGAAGGAUCCUAUUGGGAACUUCUACGGACCUCUUUACACUGCUAUCACUACAGGAUUCUGCGGAUCCCUCACGACUUUUUCGAGCUGGCAAAUAGAUGUAUUCUUCUCGUGGAUCAACGAGACUCACAGUCAUCGUGACUGGCUUCGAGAUGUUAUCGACGGAUGCUCCAAACUCUUCUUCACGCUCUCGAUAUCUUUGGGCUCUGUGACGUUCGGCGUAUACCUCGGGUCCUUAGUCGCGCCACACAUUCGCCCAUUACGACCGCCACCGCGACUCUUCCGUUACAGCCUAGCGGUCCUGUCCAUCCUCAUAUAUUUCGCGACGUAUCCUACCUACUUCCACCUCUCCUCCUCCUUCCGGCACCAAGCCACAGCCGCCCUCCUCUUCUGCUACCCUGGUGUCUUAACCCGUUACGUCCUCUCCAUCAAGCUCAAUCCCCUCCUCAAAGCUUUACCUCUCGGGACGUUCACGGCCAACAUGUUCGGCACCGCUCUCCUCGCUAUGCUUCAUGUCCUCCAGGGCCUGCCGAGCCCAGUCUCGCCCAAUGCGUGUGCGUUGUUGCAGGGGAUCGGAGAUGGGUAUUGUGGGUGUUUGACGACCGUCAGCACGUUUGCGGUUGAGGUCACUACGUUGAAGGCUGGGAGAGCAUGGGUUUAUGCGGCGCUUUCCGUUGUAUUGGGGCAACUGUUGGUGUUGGUGAUCUGUGGUCCUUCGUUUUGGGCGGGACGCGUCAGUGCGCAGGGGAGCUGCACGUUUGCGGAAUAA